AUGUCGCAACUUAGCGUCCCCAAAGACAACGUCCUCAGAGCGAAAACUAGAAACAAGAACAAGCCGAAGUUCAAGAGGAACAAAAACCAGCUUCCCGAGACCCCAUACUUAGAGAUUUCACCUGGAACCGACGAACCCCAAUCCUUCGACCCCUUCGCGGAAGCGGAAGAAGUCGAUCUCAAACAAGCCAAGCAGAUCCACGUUCGCGCUCAACAAACCCAAGUACGAGCUAAAAUCGGUAAAGACGGAAAGAGAAAACCACAUUGGGUCACCACCAUCCAAGGACUUCCCGAGAAGUUCGAGAAGAAAAAGAUCGUUCAACACUUCAAGAAGGCCCUCGCUUGCGCAGGCAAUAUUGUUGCAGACGAGACUUGGGGUGAGGUGAUUCAGUUACAAGGAGAUUAUAGGGACGUCGUCUUUAAGUUUCUCACUGGAAAGCCUGGGUUGGAGUUGAGUGAGAGUGUUGUUAUGGUUCAUGGAUAG